CCUUCGAGUUGGGUCCUCUUGCCACUCGGGCCCGGAGAGCCUUAGGGGUGAAUGUUGCGCCCCCCGGCCCCACCCGAGCGGGAUUCUGUGCGCCUUCCGACCUCGCGAAUACCCAGGAGUACAUCGUCGGACUUAAGUCCCUGCUGCUUUAGAGCACGCCCCUUCGGCAGCCAGGGUGGGGCCCAGACCGAACCUGGCCCUCCCGCCCCCAUCCGCCUUUAGGUCGCUGAUCCACCAGGCUCCCAGGCUGCAGUGACGGUCCAGAGCUGGCACCACAGAACCUGGGCGACCCCCUCCACCCACCCAUGCCCACCCCACAUGAGGCUGAGAAACAGCACACAGGACCAGAGGAGGCGGACAGGCCCCCCUCGAUGUCCAGCCAUGAUGCAGCUCCCUCAGGACCCCCCAGUCGCAAUCCCUGCUGCUUAUGCUGGUGCUGCUGCUGCAGCUGUUCCUGGAACCAAGAACGGCAGCGAGCUUGGCAGGCUUCUCGGGAAAGCAAGCUGCAACCCCUCCCCAGUUGUGAAGUUUGCACUCCACCAAGCCCUGAGGAAGUACAAAGCUGGGCACAGUCCUUUGACAAGUUGAUGCAUAGCCCCACGGGCCGCAGUGUGUUCCGGGCAUUCCUGCGCACAGAAUACAGUGAAGAGAACAUGCUCUUCUGGCUGGCCUGUGAGGAAUUGAAAGCAGAGGCCAACCAACAUGUGGUGGAUGAGAAGGCACGACUUAUCUAUGAGGACUACGUGUCCAUCCUGUCCCCCAAGGAGGUGAGCCUGGACUCCCGUGUGCGAGAAGGCAUCAAUAGGAAGAUGCAGGAGCCAUCGCCACACACAUUUGAUGAUGCACAGCUGCAGAUCUACACCCUCAUGCACCGGGACUCCUAUCCUCGCUUCCUCACCUCCCCCACCUACCGUUCUCUGCUACUCCAGGGGGCCCCACAGUCCUCCUCUGAGGCCUAGGUGCUUGCCACACACAUAUUCUACUCUAUGGGCAGACUAGGGGCUAACCCUGCCCCAUUUGGCUGGAAAUAGACUCAGUCUCAGUGUCAACUGCAGUGUUCUGCUCUGCCCUAGCCUGCUCCAACUGGGGGUCUCCUAGAUGGUGCCUCAGAGCCCCUAGUCAUGUGCCCAGGAGAUGUUCUCAUAGAGAACAGCCUCUACGCCAACAGGUUUGUAGCAGAACUGUUUAUUCCUCAGAACCAGAUGUGGGACCUCAGAGUCAGGCUCAAAUGAAGAGCCCAUUUAUAUUUUAUAUGUUAAUGAACUUUAAAAUUGGAAAUAUGUCCUUAUUGUACAAAAGAAAAAAGAAAGCUUUCACAUUCAUCUGUAUUCUACCACAUGCCAAAAACAUGAUAUCGUAUUCUUGACCUUUUUAAAACAAGUUUCUGUUUAUCCCACAAUUAGAGUAGGAGGUUAGAAAAGAGGGUCAUCCAUCUCUACCCUGUGCCCUGCCCAAGGUAUGGCUCUCAGAACUGGCCUCAACUCUUGGGCUUGAGAUGCAACUGGAGAUGAUCCCAAACCCUUGUAUACUUGGUGAAAUGUCUUCCCAGAGCCUGGUGGGGACAAAGCUGAUGGCUUGGCCUCCUCAAAGUAGCUAGACACAAUGUCGUCUUUGUCUUACGGGUCCAAUAAAGCAAAGCACCCACUA